AGCAGGGGAAGGGAAGAGAGGCCAGAGGGAAGGGAAAGGAAAGACAGACAGACAGAAGUUGCGGGGGGGCGCAGGCAGGAGAGGGCUUUGCGGGGGGAGCGGAGAGAGGGCGAUGAGGGCGGCGAGCAGCGGCGGGGCUGCAGGCGGGGCGCUGCGGCCGCCCCGGGCCGGGGUCGCCGCCUGCCCCGCGGGGCCGCCCGCCCGUGCGCCGGGCGCCGCCGGCGGGCGGAGGAGGCGGAGGGAGCGGCGCGGCAGCGGCGGAGGAGGCGGGAGGAGGCCGCUGCUGGCGCCAAGGUGAAUGGCCCGCGGUGGGUGUACCUGGCCUCACCGGCUCCGCAAGGGGAAAAUGCUGGCCGUGGGCGUGCUGGCCGGCCUCUCCGUGCUCAGCCUCCUCACCUACGGCUACCUGUCCUGGGACAGCCUCGCAUUCGGCCCCGGAGAGGCGGAGGCGGCAAGGACCGGGCUCGGAGAGGAGCCAGGGGCCAGCGCGCCCGGCUCGCAGCCUCACAUCGUCUUCAUCCUGGCCGACGAUCAGGGAUUCAGAGACGUAGGGUACCACGGCUCGGAGAUCAGGACGCCCACUCUGGACAAGCUAGCUGCUGAAGGGGUCAAACUGGAGAACUAUUAUGUUCAGCCUAUGUGCACACCAUCCCGAAGCCAAUUUAUCACUGGAAAGUACCAGAUACACACAGGACUUCAGCAUUCUAUUAUAAGGCCUACCCAGCCCAACUGUUUACCUCUGGAUAACGUGACACUACCUCAGAAGCUGAAAGAGGUUGGUUAUUCAACACACAUGGUUGGCAAGUGGCACUUGGGGUUUUAUCGCAAAGAAUGCAUGCCCACACAGAGAGGAUUUGAUACUUUUUUUGGCUCGCUCUUAGGCAGUGGUGAUUAUUACACUCACUUCAAAUGUGACAGCCCUGGGAUAUGCGGCUAUGACCUUUAUGAGAACGACAAUGCAGCUUGGGAUCAUGACAACGGCAUCUAUUCAACACAGAUGUACACACAAAAAGUACAACAAAUCUUAGCUUCUCAUAACCCCAGGAAACCUAUAUUCUUAUAUAUUGCUUACCAAGCUGUUCAUUCACCUCUUCAGGCACCAGGCAAGUAUUUUGAACAUUAUCGAUCAAUAAAUAACAUAAACAGGCGAAGAUAUGCUGCCAUGCUAGCUUGUUUGGAUGAAGCCAUAAACAACGUAACCCUUGCUUUAAAGAAGUAUGGUUACUAUGACAAUAGCAUUAUCAUAUACUCUUCAGAUAAUGGUGGGCAGCCAAUGGCUGGAGGAAGUAACUGGCCUCUCAGAGGAAGCAAAGGAACCUACUGGGAAGGAGGAAUCCGUGCUGUUGGUUUUGUCCAUAGUCCCCUUCUGAAAAACAAAGGGUCUGUGUGUAAGGAGCUUGUGCACAUCACAGACUGGUUCCCUACUUUGAUCACACUGGCAGAAGGGCAGAUUGAUGAAGAUAUCCAGCUGGAUGGCUAUGAUAUAUGGGAAACCAUUAGCGAAGGCAGACGUUCUCCAAGGGUAGACAUCUUACACAAUAUUGACCCCAUUUACACCAAAGCCAAAAAUGGGUCCUGGGCAGCAGGCUAUGGGAUCUGGAACACAGCAAUCCAAUCAGCCAUCAGAGUGAAUCAUUGGAAACUACUGACAGGAAAUCCAGGAUAUAGUGACUGGGUACCUCCACAGGCUUUUAGCAACGCAGGCCCCAAUCGCUGGCAUAAUGAACGUGUGUCUUGGUCAGCUGGCAAAACAGUGUGGCUUUUCAACAUAACUGCUGAUCCGUAUGAACGAGUGGACCUUUCUGCAAGGUAUCCAGAUGUAGUGAAGGAGUUAUUGCGGAGACUUUCUCAGUUCAAUAAGACUGCAGUUCCUGUUCGAUACCCACCUAAGGACCCUCGGAGUAACCCUAAGCUUAAUGGAGGAGUCUGGGGUCCAUGGUUUAAGGAGGAUGAAAAGAAAAAGAAAUCGGAUAAAAAUAAAGGUGUGAACAAACAAAAGAAUAAGAACAAGAAAAAAGCAAAUGGGAAAAAAGGGCAAUCAUUACAUUGCCGUUCACGUCUUGCUGGUGGAUAGGCUUAAGCACGUUCUUUUGCCAAGUCUAAGUCAGCUUGGCCCAGCUUUCUUGAACUUCUGACAGGACAUACUAGAAAUGUCAGCUCUGCACUAUGGAUGAAAGCCGUCAUCUUUCUAUUUGUUCUCAAAUUUCAUGUGCACAAGAUACCUUGAGACUCUGCCUUGAGUGUAUGUAAAUGUCCACAUGACAAACUUCCUCCUCUACAGGAUGAAUGGUGCUCACCAAUCAGAACUACAUUCCAGAUAACAAUGGAGAUAACUCUGAACUUCAGUAAUCCCAUUUUUGACGGACAAAUGGUGGGGUGAUUCCAUGCCUAGAUUAGUCUGAAUAUUUGGAGAGCGUGAAGAAGUUAAUGGCAGAUGUUCUCAAACAGACAGAGCAUUCAUAGGGAGAAAGGAAAAACAAAACUUGACAACUUCUGUUGGUCAGAGCAUUAGUCACCAGGCUCUGACUUUUUUGAUAUAGCACAGCAAAAACAUGAAGCCAUCAAAGUAACCUUUUUGGGGCGUGUGUGUGUAAGUGGGCAUGUGGGUGCAUAGGGGUGGGGGGAGCCUGAUAGGAGGAAAGCUGCUUUGAAUUAGACUGUCUGUCUUACAUAAAUCAGAAAUUUUUUUUAAUUCCCUAGAUGUGCUAAGCUUCCCUCACUUCCAGUAAAACCAGAAAGCUGUUAUUCAGCACACAUGAACAGCUAGCACAUGCCUUGUAUAAUUUAUUAUAGGCAUAGACAAAAGCACGUCACCAAAGUGAAUGUAAUAUUUAAACACUUUAAGAUAACUAUACUACAGUACAUAAAAGACAUAAUUUAUUUUACAGCACAAUAUUUAGUUCUCUUCCAUUAAAACUUUAAUUAGUGGGUGAUGCAAGGCACUCCUUUGGGUGCUAGGGUUGCUUUUUUCCUUUGAUUUGUAAUUUUGUUUCAACUCUAUCAUUCAAAGAGUUUUAUUUAACAGUCCAAAUCCUCAGAGUACCAUAAAACAAGAAAAUACUGUAGACACUGCUAGGAUGAGGAAAGGAGAGUGAUUCAGGUACAUCAUUUCAUUAUGUAUUUGCCUCCACUUAUUUUGAAUGUAACAAAGUGAUUAUUUAAUUUAGUAGUCAUGUGUAUAUUGUUCAGUUUCUGUACAGAAGCUAGACCAUCUUUAUGCUUUGGGGGAAAAUUCUACUUUAAACCUUUUAUUUAUGUAUCUAUUAAAAUAGUUUAUUUUUAUGUCA